UUCUUUCUCGCUUUACUGUGUCAUUUUGCAAUUUUGCUGGUCAAUAUUUCUCUUGUGUUGUGAGGGGACAGACAACAUAGACGUAGACAACACAAGGUCAGAAAAAAAGGUCAAUUUUUUUCAAUCCAUGAUGGAUAAUGUCUCUGUAAUUACAAUAUUUUAUCUCUCAGGUUUAAAUGAGACAAUUAAUCACAGAUUUCUUCUCUUCUUUCUCACUUUAUUGUGUUAUUGUGCAAUUCUGCUGGUAAAUAUUGCUCUUAUUGUGACUGUCGUCUUGGACAAAAGCCUCCACGAACCAAUGUAUAUUCUGCUCUGCACUUUUUGCAUCAAUGGACUUUACGGGACAGCAGGUUUCUAUCCCAAAUUUCUGUGGGAUCUGCUCUCUCCUGUUCAUGUCGUCUCUUACUCUGGAUGCCUCGUUCAAGCUCAAGUGAUGUACUCUUUUGCCUGUGGUGAUCUCUCUAUUCUUGCCGUCAUGGCAUAUGACAGAUAUGUGGCUAUAUGUCGACCUCUAGAGUACCACUGUGUCAUGUCCAGGCAAAGGGUUUUAAAGUUAGCGUGUUUCUCUUGGUUAACACCGUUCUGUAUUAUAGGCACAAACAUUUCUCUGACAGCACGGCUGAAGUUGUGCAGCACUUUUAUUCCCCGACUCUUUUGUGUGAACUGGAUUAUUGUCUCCCUCGCUUGUUUCCCGGCUGAAGUUGUUGUUAGCAGUAUAGUUGCAUACAUCACAAUACUCAUUUAUGUAUUUCACGGUGUUUUCAUUGUUUGGUCCUACAUGUACCUCAUCAAAACCUGUGUGCAUUCUGCAGAAAACAGGGCAAAGUUCAUGCAGACGUGUGUGCCACAUUUGGUCUCCUUAACAACUUUUCUUUUGACAAUUCUCUUUGAUGUUAUGAAUAUGCGAUUUGCCUCAACAAAAUUACCUCAAACCCUCCAAAAUUUUCUUGCAAUAGAGUUUCUUGUCAUUCCUCCGCUCAUGAAUCCUCUCAUCUAUGGUUUCAAAUUGACCAAAAUUCGAAACAUAAUUCUGGGACGUGUUACUUGUAGAAAAAGAGUAAACUUUUAGUUCUGUAGGUGAAGCAAAGUCUAAAUUCUGCUUCUGAAAUUGUAUCUUGUAAAUAUCUAAACUGCUGUUUGUUUUUCUGAAGUACGCUGCAUGUUAACAUUGAGUAUAGAAUAAUAUUUUUGGUGUGCUUUAAUAGAGUGAUUCUCGGGCUGAGGCCUUCACAGGUUUCAGGAGAUCAUCUCUGGGGGUGUGAUGAUUAUAGAAAAAUUAUACAUACAUGAACUGGGAGCUGUUUUGCAUAAAUUG